UGUGGGGAGGACGAACUGAGGGAGGCUGAGGCGGACCCGGGCUGCUUUUCUCGGCGGAGGGCGGAGAAGGCCGGGGGCGGGGCCGAGCGGGCGGCGGGUGUGAGGCCGGGGCUGCGGGCGCUGCACCGGGGCCGCUGCUGCUGCCACUGCGAUCCCGUCGUCGCCCCGGCCGCCGAGCCCCGUGCGCGCGGUUCCUGGAGCGUGGGUCUCCGUGAAGCUAUGGCUGCCUUAAGAAAAUCAGCUCAGGAUGUCCAAAAGUUCAUGGAUGCUGUCAACAAGAAAAGCAGUUCCCAGGAUCUGCACAAAGGAACCUUGGGUCAGAUGUCUGGAGAACUGAGCAAAGAUGGGGACCUGAUAGUCAACAUGCGAAUUCUGGGCAAGAAGAGGACCAAGACGUGGCACAAAGGCACCCUUAUUGCCAUCCAGACUGUUGGGCUAGGAAAGAAAUACAAAGUGAAGUUUGACAACAAAGGGAAGAGUCUGCUGUCCGGCAACCAUAUUGCCUACGAUUACCACCCUCCUGCCGACAAGCUGUUCGUGGGCAGUCGAGUGGUGGCCAAAUACAAAGACGGAAAUCAGGUCUGGCUUUAUGCUGGCAUUGUAGCUGAGACCCCCAACGUCAAGAACAAGCUCAGGUACCUGGGCGGGUUUGUAGAUUGUAGGGGAGCUGGGAGCACAGCACCCCACUAUUCAUAACCAUGGGCAAGAUUUCACUGCCAGCUUUUGUGUUCUCAUCCUUUGUAAUCAGAAGCCCUUCCUCUCUUCCCAUGUCAUUUCUUUUCUUCUUUUAAAGACAGCAUCUCUAUGUGGCUAUUGUCAUAUUUUUGUUUGUUUGCUUUUUGAGAUAGGGAUUCUCUGUGUAGUCCUGGCCAUCCUAGAACUUGGUCUGUAGGCCAUGAUGGCUCAGAACACAGAGAGCUACCUGCCUUUGCCUCUGGAAUGCUGGGAUUAAAGAUGUGUACCACCAUGCCCCGCUUUCUGCCUGUUCAUUUUAAUAUAGUGUAGGAUAACCUGCUUAGGGUUGCGCCCUCUGCAGUGUGCUGGACUAUCCCACAAGAAAAUGCCCUACACAUUUGUCUGCUGGCCAGUGUAAUAGAAGGAUUUUCUCCUUCCUUUUCAAUUUUUUUUUAAAUUUUUAUCUAUCUAUUUAUUUAUUUUGGUGACGGGAUCUUGUAACUCUGGGUAGCCUAGCACUCACUACAUAGUCCAUCCUGUCCUAGCGCUCACAGACGUCCACCAAGUUUGGCAUUAAAGGUUGACAUUUCCUCUUCUCAAAUGAUCUUAGACUUGUGUUAUAUUUGCAAAAUAAACAGCACAUUUGAAUUUAUAAAAUUGUAGUUAGCCAUGUAUGGAGGCGAAUGCCUUUAAGGAGGCAGAGGCAGAGGGCUCUCUGAGUUGGAUCCCAGCGUGGUCUACGAAGGCAGUUCCAGGACAGCCAGGGCUGUUGUACAGACAAACCUGUGUCAAAAUAAAUAAAUAAAUAAAAUAAAAUACAUAAUUUGCAAUUAAAAAAAAUUGCUGUAUGACUUGCAGGGUGACUCAAGCCUAUAAUCUUGUCAAAAAGCUGUGGUACAAGAAUCACUUCAAAUUUGAGGAUAGCCUGGGCUACAUGGUGUGGUUCAGUGUAGCCUAAGUGACACUGUGAGAUCUUGUCUCAUAAAGCUAUCAAUUGUUAGCUGGGUGUGGUUCCAAUUGCUUAUAAUCCCAGCACUUGGGAACUGCUAAGAAGAGGUUCUCAGUAGUUCAAGGUCAGCAGCCUUGCGGUACUGAGACCCUGUUUCAACAAAGGGCUAAAGACUUGUGUUUGGGAGUACUUGCUGCUCCUCUAAAUGACCUGAGUUAAGUUUCCAGCACCAUAUCUGAUGUUCACAACUAUCUGUAGUUCUCCAUGGGAUCUGACAUCUCUGCCUAUUCAAGUGCCUGCUCUUAGGUACACAAACUUAAAUGCAGGCACAGAUACAUAUAAUUAAAAAUAAUAAAAAUUCACCCAGAGUUAUAUGGAGAAACCUUGUCUUGAAAAACCAAAACAAAAAAAACAAAAAACAAAAGUCAAAGAAAAAUUUAAAACAACCAUCCAAAGCCUCUAAAACAAACCACCCAUUCAACCAAUACAACCAAAGGAAUCAACAAACCAAUUAAACAAGAAGUCAACAUGAUAUGUAUUCUCUCCUUAUAUGUUCUUUUAGUGGAUGAUUUAUUAAACUUUUGUUUGUUUAUAGUUAUUUUUAUGUGUGUGAGUGUGUGUAUUUUGUAUAUAUGGAGGUCAGAGGACAAUAGUGAAGUUAGGUCUCUCCUUCCAUCUCUAUGUGCCUUUGGAGGAUCCAGCUUCAACUACCUUAGCUCUUGAUCCAUUUUACCUGUUCUACUUACUUAUUUUUAAAUGUUUUUUUUUUAACAUACUGUGUGUAUGUGUGUUUGUGAGUACACAUGUGUGAAAAACUGCAGACAAUUUGUAGGAGUUGGUUUUCUUUCAUUCUGUAAGUUUGGAGCAUUGGAACGUGGGUUGCUAGGCUUGUCUGUGUAUGCCUUUACUAGUGAAGUCAUCUUGAUGGCAAAUUCUUAAAUAUUUGUUGAAUUAGACUGUAAGAUAACAAGACAAGGUAGUGCAAUAUGCCGGUGCUCCCAACAUUGGAAGAAGAGCCAGUAGAAGCAGGAGUUCAAGGCUAUUCUUAGCGACAUUGUAAAUUUGAGGCCAGUAUUGGCUACAUGAGACCUUGUUUCAAAGGGUAAAAAUUAAACAAAAUACAACCCCUCCCUCCACGUUUACAUGGGAAUGAAUGUAAUAGGUUUUGAGUGUUAGUUUCAGUUUGCUUCUCACUCCUGGGUUAAUUUACAAGGUACAUUUGCAUUAUGUCUGUAUUUUUAUUUUACUUUUUUUGAGACAGGGUCUCUAUACAUAGCCCUGGCUAUUUUGGAACUCACUCUGUAGACCAGGCUGGCUUUGAACUCACAGACAUCUACCUGCCUCUGGCUCUGAGUGCUGGGUUAAAGGUGUUCACUACUAUGCACUGCUUCGAUUGUAUAUCUUGAUCUGUAAAAUUGUGGAAUUUCUUUCAUGGUGUUGUGUGUAUACAGUGUCUGUCCUGAAUGGCCCUUGUAAUUAGAUAAUAUUUUAUAAUUAGACAAUAUCCUUAUAAUUAGACAAUAAUUCUGUGUGGUUAUCGCCUUACCAUUUGUUAAAAACUUGUCACUUUAUACUUAUUGACUUAGGAGAACUAGUUUCAUUUUGUAGUACAGACUGGACUCUGCCUUCUGAGUGCUGGUAUACAUGUUUUAAUAAAAAUAUAUUCAUUCAUUGCU